CUGGAGUGCCCCUUGUUUGUCACGCCAGCAUGGGAUGCGCUGUAUCCACAUGGCCGGCUGUGACAAGGAUGGCACUGGUGGCACUGCACUUAGUGCUGUUGCUCCUGGCCGAGGUGUUUGCAGCCUCUUUGGACUCUGAAUUUGGUCAGUGUUCAGAAUAUAGAACACCAAACUGUGCUCAGUAUAAAUUACCAGGGUGUCCCAGGGACUUUAACCCUGUGUGUGGCAGCGACAUGUCCGCUUAUCCCAAUGAAUGUGCUCUGUGCAUGAAAAUCAGGGAAGAUGGUCAUGAUAUUAAAAUCAUCCGGGAUGAACCAUGCUGGUGGAACAGUUUACAGAAAAGAAGAUGGAGACACCACCUUCCCUGGCACACUAGAUAAAUUGCACUUCCCCUUUUUCUCUUUUCCCAUGUUUCUUUGCCUGGGGUUUGUUGACCCACAUUUUCUGAGAGGAGAUGUAGAAGGCAGCCAUGGGUAGUGAUGGAGAAUGCUUGUUUCUUGACUUUUGUCCCUUGAGUUAAGCGUAUCACCCAGAUGACUUGUGCGCUGCUUUAUUUAGUUGGAAUAAAAUCAGCAGUGAAUUAAAAAAAAUACCGUGUAUCAGUUUCUGCCACUGUAAGUUAGGUAUAUCAUAUACUUAACCCCAGAAGCCUAUGAGGAGUGAGCUAACGCAUGUAAAAUGGUUACUGCUGCCUGGCACUUCGGAAGCAUUCAGUAAAUGUUAAUCAUUACUCUCAUUGGAGGUGUGCUUCCUGACCUCAAGGGCCUGGCAGCCUAAUAUAAAGCGUGACAAAUGCCAUUCCUGCCUCAGGAGUUUUGCACUUGCUGAUCCUUCUGUUGGAAUGUGCUUCACUCAAAUACUCACGUGGCGUGCACACUCAUCUCCAUUUUUACUUAAAUGCUGAUAUCUCAGUGGAGUUCUCCUUCACAACCUUAUAGAACACCAUCACCCUUCUUCCUGCCACCUCUUAUUUUCAUUUCCUGCCUAAUUUUUCAUCUUAUCAUCAUA